AUUGUAAUAUCGAGUUUUAUAAGUCAUUUAACAAAAAUGAUAAUCUAUGAAUUAUUUUGGGGCCGUAUGAAAUAUUUGCGCGUUUAUUUAGAAACGGUAAUAAAUAAAGUAGAUAAUGAUAAGUCGAUGGAAAUAAGAAAAUGUAUCAAUGUUUAUAACAUAUUGCUGGAUUCGAUUGUUUUUGUGAAACCCUAUACACAUCUUUCAGUAAGUAACUUUCAAAUUUAUAAGUCCCUUAAAAAUUUGUUGUUCUCAAAUUUAUAUUUUAUUGGCAAUGGAUUUGUAUUUUGGAUUGUUCUACGUGAAUCGUUGUGUGGAGUUAUUUACUUAAUGGCUUCACCGAUUUUUGUGGAACUAACGAUGUGCGAAUAUGAAAAGAUUUAUGACUUGUUAGCAGAUCACAUUAUGGAUUGUGAUGAUGAUGAUUUACGAUACGUUUUGUACAAUACCCUUAACUACCUGAAGACACGCCCGCCCAAGUAUGUGAUAUGGCACGUAUUUUCCUUUGAUGUCAGUUUAAUUUUCAAUUUGAUGCACAUUUGUACUACUUACAUUAUCAUCUUGUUGCAGUUUUCCAUCGAUUUUUAA